UAGGGUGGGAAUCUUACAAAUACGGCUUUAGAAAUCCUAAUGGCGAGUUCUGGCUUGGAAACGAUAAUCUUCAUCAUUUGACAGACUCUGAUGACGUAAUGCUGAGAUUUGACCAGGAAGACUUUGAAGGGAACAUCACCUACGCUGAGUACACUACUUUUAAGGUGGCAGACGAGGCUGAUAAGUACAGGCUUUUGAUUGAAGGAUACUCUGGCACGGCUGGUGACUCUAUGGUUGGGCACCAUAGGAUGCAGUUUUCGACCAAAAAUAGUAAGAACGACAAAAGUUCAGAUACGCACUUUGCUUCGAAGUUCAACGGUGCCUGGUGGUACAAUAAUUGCCACGAUUCGAAUCUCAACGGUAUCUACUAUGGUGGUCCAUCUGACUCAUUCGCCGAUGGAGUUUGCUGGACACAAUUCAAAGGGCUUUACUACUCACUUAAACGCACGGAGAUGAAGCUUCGACUCCGUAUUAUGAAAAAAUAAUGGUGUCCCUUUCCUUUGUUAUGGAAAAGUAACUUUGUGAGAAAAUGAA